AUGAAGGGGCUCGGAUGCGGCUUUGAUGGCUUCCGUCUGAUCAGGAUUGGCAGGACCAAAAAGUGUGGUGACAACAGUGACGAGAGUGCUGUCGGCAUGAAUACAAGUGACAUCUCUGAAAGCAUGGCGGCCCGACAACUCAAGAAAGCCGGGCUGUGGUAUCCCGACGUUCCACCCGACGACAUCCAACUCAACGGUGACAAAUUCCACCCACUGAAGUUAUACUUGCUGGGGUUCAAGCCUAUCUUUUGGACGCAUUUUUGGAGGGCCAGGGGGCAGGUAUCUCCAGCAUCUCUCCAGCAUCUGUUUGCAUGACUAUCGCCGUUUGGUUUUAAGUACUAGACAGCGGAUAUCCCUGAUCAAUGCAAGACCUUUGGUCGGUGGGCAGAAACCGAACCGCAACGCCAGAAAACUACCCGUCUCGACAUUGAUGAAACUGGGCGAGAGAACUUUUAGUAUUAGAAUUCUUCAUAGAUUCUGCAGAGAUGGUCAAGGCCUUGAGUACACCGAUGGGGUUCUGGUUUCUUUCAAGGUAUGGGUUUUGUGUUGUGCAGUGGGGAGAUUAUUGAUCGCUAUCUUGGCCGUGAAUUGCCAACCGGAUACACCUACACCAGAUCACGAGGAACAAGGGGAACAGUUGUGACUUUGAGGUUAACAGCGCUGAGGUAGGCCGGGGUGGUUGGUUCUUGGCACCACCGGCAGAAUUUCAAGUGAAAGAGGGGAGUGCCUAUUACGGGGUUCUACAGCGUACAAUUUCGUCGUUAUGCAGGCAGGCUUCCGGCGCUUGGGUUUACGACUAAACCCAAGUCGCUUCAGUCAUAAAGGAGGCGCGCCCUGGAAAAGAUGGUCUAUAAAUUAUCGACAGGCUUGCCUUUGGGUUUAUUUCCGCGAUGCUCUUACUCAUUAGAGAAAGGCUAGGUACCUAG